UUAGUUUCAUUUCAUUCUUAUCUGAUACCAAUGCCUUUUUGGAAAAAUGCUGACCUGUGAAACCUUAUAUAUAUAUACCUUGCUUUCUGAACCAACAAAACCAAACAACAAACAUUCAUGGCUUUCUUUAUUUUCUCCUUCCUCUUCCUUCUUCUUGUUUCAUCUUCCACUGCUUGUGAUCGCUGCUUGCACCAAUCCAAGGCUUCCUAUUUCUCCAAAGCUGCUGCUCUUUCAUCUGGGGCAUGUGGGUAUGGCUCUUUGGCACUAGACAUAAGUGGUGGACACCUUGCAGCUGGUGUGGCUUCUCUCUUCAAAGAUGGAGCAGUUUGUGGUGCCUGCUUUCAGAUAAGAUGCAAGAACCCAACUCUAUGCAGCAAAGAAGGUACCAGAGUGGUAUUGACUGAUCUUAAUCACAAUAAUCAAACUGAUUUUGUGCUAAGCAGCAGAGCCUUUGCGGGCAUGGCUCAAAAGGGUAUGGGCAAACAAAUAUUGAAGCUUGGCAUUGCUGACAUUGAAUACAAGAGAGUACCUUGUGAAUACAAAAAACAAAAUUUAGCCGUUCGUGUUGAAGAAUCAAGCAAGAAGCCAGAAUACUUAGCAAUUAAAUUUUUGUAUCAAGGGGGACAAACGGAGAUAGUAGCCGUUGAUGUGGCUCAGGUUGGGUCUUCAAACUGGAGCUUCAUGAGCAGAAGCGACGGGGCAGUGUGGGACACAAGCAGGGUACCCCAAGGUGCAUUGCAAUUUAGGUUAGUGGUAACGGCAGGGUAUGAUGGCAAGUGGAUUUGGGCAAAGAAGGUCCUACCUGCUGAUUGGAAAAAUGGACUUAUAUAUGAUUCUGGCCUUCAGAUAACAGACAUUGCACAAGAGGGUUGUUCCCCCUGCGACGAUGGAACCUGGUCAUGAUUCAUUGCUUUGCUGCUCAAGUAUAACUCACAUAUACACAUACAUAUAGCCAUAAAUUUUAAGAGUAAUUAACAAUAAGAGUCAUAAUUAGAAAUAAAAACAAUAAAUAUUAAUAAUGCAUUUUCGUAUUUGUUUGUA